CGGGCGGCCGCCGCCAUGGCGGCCCCGGAGCCGGCGCGGCGGGGCCGGGAGCGGGAGGACGAGAGCGAGGACGAGAGUGAGAUCCUAGAAGAGAGUCCGUGCGGCCGCUGGCAGAAGCGCCGGGAGCAGGUCAAUCAGGGCAACAUGCCAGGGAUCCAGAGCACUUUCCUAGCCAUGGACACAGAGGAAGGUGUGGAGGUUGUGUGGAAUGAGCUGCACUUCACGGACAGGAAGGCCUUCAAGGCCCAUGAGGAGAAGAUCCAGACCAUGUUUGAACAACUGGUGCUCGUGGACCAUCCCAACAUUGUCAAGCUGCACAAAUACUGGCUGGACACCCCAGAAUCCAAGGCCCGGGUGAUCUUCAUCACUGAGUACGUCUCCUCAGGCAGCCUCAAGCAGUUUUUGAAGAAGACAAAAAAAAACCAUAAGGCCAUGAACGCCCGGGCCUGGAAACGCUGGUGUACGCAGAUUUUGUCUGCUCUCAGCUUUCUUCACUCUUGCAACCCUCCCAUCAUUCAUGGCAACUUGACCAGUGACACCAUCUUCAUCCAGCACAAUGGCCUAAUCAAGAUUGGUUCUGUCUGGCAUAGGGUGUUCUCCAAUGCAAUUCCAGAUGAUCUCCGUAGCCCCAUUCGCAUUGAGCGAGAGGAACAGCGAAACUUGCAUUUUUUCCCCCCAGAGUAUGGCCAGGUUGCUGACGGGACAGCUGUGGACAUCUUUUCAUUCGGGAUGUGUGCACUGGAGAUGGCUGUGCUAGAGAUCCAGUCCAAUGGGGAUACCCGGGUGACUGAAGAGGCCAUCGCCCGUGCCCGACACUCACUGAGUGACCCUAAUAUGCGGGAGUUCAUCCUGUCGUGCCUUGUCUUGGACCCAGCCUGCCGACCUUCUGCUCACAACCUUCUCUUCCACCGAGUGCUCUUUGAAGUUCACUCACUGAAGCUCUUGGCAGCUCAUUGUUUCAUCCAGCACCAAUAUCUGAUGCCAGAAAAUGUGGUAGAGGAAAAGACUAAGGUGAUUGACCUCAAUUUGGUAAUGGCUGAGAUUCAUCGGACUGGCCGGCCAAGGGUUCAGUGGCGGUACUCUGAGGUCUCAUUCUUAGAGCUGGACAAGUUCCUGGAAGACGUCAGGAACGGAAUCUACCCACUCAUGAACUUUGCUGCCUCCCGGCCCCUGGGGCUUCCCCGGGUACUAGCUCCUCCCCCUGAGGAUGCCCGAAAAGCCAAGACCCCCACCCCAGAGCCUUUUGAUGUGGAGACCAGGAAGGUUGUGCAAAUGCAGUGCAACAUGGAGAUGAAUGAGGACAGAGCUCAGUGGCACCUCACUCUGCUCCUGGUCCUGGAAGACAAGUUACACCGACAGCUGAGCUAUGAUCUCCUGCCAACUGACAGUUCCAAGGAUCUGGCCACAGAACUGGUUCAUUAUGGCUUCAUUCAUGAGGAUGAUUGUGAAAAACUGGCAGCCUUUCUGGAGAGUACCUUCCACAAAUAUCGUUCAGCCCCACCCUGACCUGGGCCCUGUGGUCAACCUGCUGGGCCCUUCUUCCUGUAGCCUGGGAAGCAUUCCCCAAAUGUUACCCAGGAGUGAGAGGGCACAGGAAGUUCACAUCCUGCCCUAGCCCAGAGCCACAAUUUGCUGCUCCCCGACUCUGAAAGGGACUUGGGAAUGGGGAUGGGGGAUAUAGGGCUAUGCUGCUGGAAUUGGCUAAGAGAGUGAUGAGGUAAGGCAGAGGUGUGUGAGAGUGUCCCUAGAGGAGAUGGGGAGGGGGUGUACCUGAUGCUUCCUCCUUGGUGAAGGACUUGGCAGAGGUUAUUCUUCCUCUGUCCCCCACCCCCCCCCAAAGAAUUUCAGCCAGUGAAUUUCCUGUUCCCUUCCCCCAACCCCCAAGGCACACAUCUAUUUGGGACCAACACCUCCCCCUCCCUCAAGAACCUGUUCCCUCUCCAGGCUUCUGCGAGGCAGACUUGGGAUGCCUUUGGCCCCGUCAUUUUAUCCACCUCUGUGGGCUCAGGGCCUAUCCUGGGGGAUUAGGGGGCUUGUCCUUCUUCCUAAAAAACCAAUGGUGUCCUUUUCCUCCCCCUUUUCUCUCAUUUACAAGGGGGUGUCCCAUGUAUUGUUCAUGGGACGAUGAAUAAACAAUGUACCUGCACGGAU